GCCAUUCCCCUCCUUUUCCUCUAGCAUUGAGCCUCAGUCAGUGCACAGAGAGGGGGAAGGAUUCAAACAUUCAUUACAAACCACUAGAAUUACCCCGGAUGCUCAGAUGAAACAAUCUAUACUUGAGAAUAAGCUACUAUAUUAAAAAGGCUUCUGCUGGAUUCAAUGUAACUCAAAGGAAAGGGGUAGCAAGGAGCUCCCCAGAGACCCUGGAGCUGUGGUGACAUUUGUUACGUAGAAACAAGAUCAAGUUACAGUGAAGAUGAAGGUUCUUUCAUUCUGUCCUAGCUCUGCAGUGAGCGCCUCUCUGCCUGGUUUGAUCAUUUUCUUCAUUACUUUUCCCAUUCACAAGCUGGAAUCAGCUCAAUUCAGCGUGACCGGUCCUGAUCACCCUGUCACUGCCCGGAUAGGUGAGGCCAUUGUGUUACCCUGUCACCUGUCCCCCAGGAUGAACGCUGAGAACAUGGAGGUGAGAUGGUUCCGAUCUCAGUUCUCUGGAGUUGUGCAUCUGUACCGUGAAGGGCAGGAUCAGUAUAGAGAGCAGAUGCCAGACUAUCAUGGAAGGACAGAACUUUUGAAAGAUGGCAUCAUGGAUGGGAAUGUUUCCUUGCGGAUUCUUAACAUCAGUCGCUCAGAUGAAGGACGAUACAGCUGUUUUGUUCAAAGUUAUGCUUUUUAUGAAGAAGCCGUAUUAGAACUGAAGGUAGCAGGGAAACAUCUUGGAGAAAUCAAGGAACGGGUUACAGAAAUUGAUGAUCUUCAAAGAGAACUUGACUGGAGAAGAAACAUCGUCUGCCCAGGGCUGGGAAGUUCUGCGCCAUCUGUACAAGAAGUGAAUGUGACUCUGGAUCCAGACACAGCUCAUCCCAACCUCGUCCUGUCUGAGGAUCGGAAAAGUGUGAGAUGGGAAGACACAUGGCAGCAUCUGCCCAACACCCCUGAGAGAUUUGACACUGAGCCCUGUGUGCUGGGCUGUGAGGGAUUCACCUCAGGGAGACACUACUGGGAGGUGGAGGUGGGGGGUGGGGGACACUGGGCUGUGGGGGUGGCCAGAGAGUCUGUGAGGAGGAAGGGAGGGAUCAGCCUUAGCCCUGAGGGGGGGAUCUGGGCUGUGAGGCAGUUGGGGAAUCGGUUCCAGGCUCUCACCUCCCCUGAGACCCCCCUGGCCCUGAGCCGGGCCCCCAACAGGAUCCGGGUUUAUCUGGACUGUGACCGGGGGCAGGUGACAUUUAUCGAUGCUGGUGACGAGGCCCCGAUCUUCACUUUCCCGCCAGGCUCCGUCCCUGGGGAGAGAAUCCGACCCUGGCUCCAGGUGUGGGAUGCAGAAACCCGGCUCAGACUGUGUCCCUGAGGGGGGAAUAUCCCACUGGGGACCUAGAAACCAGCCUCUCUAGCCAUAUGGACCCCAGUCUUUCUGGCCCUGGAAGAGUCCCAUCUACCCAGCCCCUGGCCCCUCAUCUCUAUGGCCCCAGGAAGAUCCUCCCCCUCCCUCUAUGCAGCCCCAGGGACUGGGCGGGGGGAGGAGGGAAGAACCCCUGGGGCUGCAGGAGGGGCAGAGGGGCCCUGAGGGGCAGAGGUGGGGGCUGGGCAGGGGGCAGAACU